ACCAUAGACGAGAAACAAAUCUUUGGCUGGCUGUUUGGCGAGACCAUAUGUCGCGUUAUUAAGACUAACAUCUACCAGUUGCAAAAUUAAGGAAAGAUGGAACCGAGCUUCUGUCAAAAUCGACAGCUGGAAGGCAAGAGAGAAGAAGCAGAAUUCGUGUCAGCAUUGACGGAAACCCAACGGUAAACACGCAUGAGUGAAUCCAACAGUGGAAUGUCGUGAAUUAUAGGACUAUUUCUGUCGUCUGCAGCUUUGAUAUAAAAUGGAGUUAACCAUACCGGAGCUAACCAGCCUACUGCCUCAGCCAGUGAGACAACCUUCAUUCUUCAAAACACGGGUGCCAACUCAUAUCUAUGGCCCGGGAACCCAGCAGGGAAAAGUUACCUCCCCUUUGAUCAAAAGACUGGAAGGUCGAUUUUUGAGUGUCGAAGAUGACGGACUGUCAUACGAAGACUUCACGAAACAGCUAAAACUGUACGAAGAAAUCUCCAAACCAGUGCCUCGGGAGAAAUCCAAAGUUGAAAUAAUAAGUGAAUGGAAAAGAGAGCGGAUUAAAAGCGGUGCUGUGAAGCCCCUGGUUCGGUUCCGGCGCGCAGUGAAAAGUGUGCAGGUACUCCUCCGAGCCACAGACAGGAGCAGACAUACUGGUCAAAUAACUACCCCGUCCACUGUCUCGUGGGUCCAGAUACAUAAUGAUUUGGAAAUCAACAAACGCGCGCGGGCAGAAAGGGGACUGCUUUUUGACCCCGAUGACUACAGAGCAAAACGAGAGCUGCAACUCAGUUCUGAAGCCAAAGCGAUUUUAUCGAUGGAACCUUCAAAGCGGACAGCGGAACAGCUUCAUGUGGCGUUGGUAGCUCUCAACCAAUCAGUGGAAGCUUUCAGCGAAUUCCCCAUCAAAAUGCAGGAGUCUCUGGUGCGAGUGGGGUUUUAUGAACAUUUCGAGGCGAACCGCGUCAUCAUUCGCCAAGGCCACUUUGCCGACAAUUUCUACUUAAUUAUAACAGGUUUGGCUGUUGUGACCAUCCUGGAGACGGAUAAACAAACAGGUGAAUCAAGCGUAAGAACUGCGGCGUUUCUAAAAAAGGGCAAAAGUUUUGGGGAAUUGGCAUUGAUGCACGGAGCAUUGCGAAGUGCCACGGUCACGUGUAAAGAUUCUGUGGAACUAUUGGCUGUUGGGCGGCAGGAUUUUAUUAAUGUAUUCAUGCACGUGGAGAAGAAUCGAGAGCCUGAGCACAUCCAAUAUCUGAGAUCCAUAGACACCUUCUAUGGAUGGCCGAUUGAGAAACUUCCAUACGACAAUCCAAAAAUAUGCUUAUUUACUUUCUUCCGAAAAGGCGUUCUAUUAUGCAGAGAUAGCAUUCUCUCAGACUGGGUUUACAUCAUUAAGACAGGGACAUGUAAAGUUCUUAAAGAACUCCGCAUUCCCAAGUCGGAUUUCUUCGGGAAAAGCAAAUUGAACAAGACAGGAUCCGCCAACCACUCAUCCAAGACUCGAACGAGCUCUGGCCAGCAUGGACCAUCAUACCUUACUACACCAAGCAGUAGCAGCAGCAAGAGCAAGAGAACGGCUGAGGCGAAGAGAAAACUACCUUGUGUCCGAGCUAGAUGUGAAACCGAGUUAAAGACUUCUUCAGAAGAGCACCUACAAAAGUUGACGAAGAUCUACUCGAGGGUGCACCCAGAGCCGGUAGCCGAUUCAGAAGAAAUAAACCACACCGACAAGGAAGUGAGUGAUCCAAUCGAGGCAAGCACCAGUAUAGAUAGAAAUGUCUCUGGUAAUGGGAAUAACAACAGUGGCGUGAGCUGUACGGACAUCCUUGAUCCGGAGUCUGAAGGUCCCAUGCCCUACAAUUCCGCCAAUGCCACGAGGACAACCGAUCAAUCACGAAUGAAGCCGAAAUGCAACCCAAACUCGGCAUGCCCCGAACCGAAUUCUGUUUUUGUCCAAGUCGCCAGAUUGGGGCCCAAAGAUGUUUUCGGUCUGGAGCAUCCCAUACUAAGCGCCCUGACUCCAGCCACCAGUAUGAGUCUCGUGUCUGACGGUGCCGAGUGCAUCCUCAUCAACAGGAAGUUCUUCAUGCAGCAUCUCACAGACGUAGAUCUGAAGAGGCUACGACUGUCGAUGCAACCCUACCCAACAGAAGAAGAUCUAAAACGCAAAUUACAGAAUAAACAAGACUGGAUUGCUUACAAGACUAGGGCUCUCAACGACCAUCUGGCGUUUACUCGUCAUGUCCAGGAUACCCUGAGCCUGUACUACUGAUAUGUACGCCCAUCAGUUGCAGGAGAUUGGCUGAAGCAAAAUAGAGUUUUGGCUCCAUUCGGUACUAUGUUCUCCUUCCUGCAACCAAGCAGUCAACCGGUGAUAAAAACAAUAUUAUGUUCUGUUUAUCAUGCACGUGAUCCCGCCGACUGAAAGUGUUGUUUUGUUAUUAUUUAUCUAGGCAGAUUGUUCCAUAACGUGAUACU